AUGCCGACUCAACGACAGGAACAGCAGAGGAAUAAAAUACUGGAAGACCUGCAGAAGAAGCAACAGCUCCUCAAACAGCAGUCAAUUAGCGGCCAGUCGUCGACAGGAGUGGCGAUGGCCUCCAACUCGUCCGCAACGCCGACGCCGUCGUCGACCACCGGUCCGGCCGUCGGACAGACCACUGCCGCCGCACUCGACACGGCCUCCACUUCGGGGCCGAUCUCCUCCUCCCAGAGAUCGGCUCUAAAUCACGCAAACAAUAACUCUUUCGGUUUCUUUAUACCACAAGACUCUUCCUUUGGAAACCUUAUUCUUCCAGUUUUACCACGUUUUUGA